UUGCCGGCCUUCACCACCGCCGGUUACCGCUGCGUCACCUAUGACCGCCGCACCUGGGGGCGUUCCCGCAACACUGAUGAAACUCAGCAGCCGGGCUAUCAGGGCGAUGACCUCCACGGCCUCAUUGAGCAUCUGGGCCUGGAGCGUUGCCACCUGGUGGCCACCGCCGCCGGCGGCAUCACCGGCAUCGACUACGCCCUGUCUCACCCGGAGCGGGUCCGCAGCCUGGUGGCGGCCAACACCAUCGGCGGCGUGCAGGAUGCCGAGUACCUGGAAGUGCAGCAUCGCCUGCGGCCCGAGGAGAUCCAGGACCUGCCCGUGGAACUGCGCGAACUGGGUCCAUCCUACCGAGGCACGGACCCGGAGGGUGCGCAACGCUGGCUGGAUAUAGAGCUGGCCAGCCGUCCCUACGGACGACUGCCGACCCAACCCCUGCGCGAACCCAUCACCUACGCCCGCCUCGCCACCAUGCGCGUCCCAACGCUGGUAUUUUCCGGCAAUGCCGAUAUCCUCUCGCCGCCGGCACUGAUGCGUAUGCUGGACGAACACAUUCCCACCAGCAGGUUCGUCUCCCUACUUGACGCCGGCCACGCCGGCCACUGGGAACGCCCGCAGGUGUGGAACGGCUUGGCGCUGGAGUUCAUCGGGCAGCACUAG